AUUCUAAUGAAUCCUGAAUGAGGUCAGAGCCCAGUUUACACAAUUAAGCCUUAAAAUCAGUGUCAAUGAAGGGUUGGAAUGAGAUGAACUUUAAGRUCCCUUCCAACCCAAAUCAUCUCAUGAUUCCAUGAAAUAUUAAUUAAGGAUCCAUUCUAUUAAACUGAUAGAAUCUGAACGGAAUAAAUUAAUAAAUCCCUUAAUCAAUCUCAUUUUUCUUUCCAGAAAAAGCUACAAAUGAAUACAACACCAGUGAGGAUUGGGGGCUUAUCAUGGAUAUAUGUGACAAAGUUGGAAGCACUCCCAAUGGAGCCAAGGACUGCCUUAAAGCCAUCAUGAAGAGAGUGAAUCACAAAGUUCCCCACGUGGCUUUGCAAGCACUCACACUUUUAGGAGCCUGUGUCUCAAACUGUGGGAAAAUAUUCCAYUUGGAAGUUUGUUCCCGGGAUUUUGCCAGUGAAGCUCGAGCUAUAAUAAACAAGGCUCAUCCAAAAGUGUGUGAAAAGCUGAAAACUCUGAUGGUGGAGUGGUCAGAAGAAUUCCAGAAGGACCCACAGUGCAGUUUAAUAUCUGCAACCAUCAAAUCCCUGAAGGAAGAAGGGGUCACCUUCCCUGCAGCUGCAUCCCAGGCUUCCACAAAUGCUGCUAAGAAUGGCUCCUCAUCCAGUAAAACCAAAGAAGAUGAGGACAUAGCUAAAGCUAUCGAAUURUCUUUGCAAGAGCAGAAACAGCAGCAAAUGGAAACCAAAUCCUUGUACCCAUCUGCAGAAAUCCUCCCCAACCCUCAGAGCCUGAGGAAGGUGCGAGCUCUCUAUGACUUUGAAGCUGUCGAGGACAAUGAGCUCACCUUUAAAAGUGGAGAAAUUAUUUUUGUUUUGGAUGACAGCGAUGCCAAUUGGUGGAAAGGGGAGAACCACAGAGGAGUGGGGCUGUUCCCAUCCAAUUUUGUGACCUCUGAUUUGACUGUGGAGCCUGAAGCAGCAGCUGUGGAUAAAAUCUCUGCUYCUGAGGACACUGCAGAAGAAAUUAAGAAAGCAGAGCCUGAGCCAGUUUAUAUUGAUGAGGAUAAGAUGGAUAAAACCCUGCAGGUACUUCAGAGCAUAGAUCCAACUGAUUUAAAGCUCGAUUCUCCAGAUCUCCUCGACUCAGAAGAUAUCUGCCAGCAGAUGGGUCCAAUGAUAGAUGAAAAACUAGARGAGAUAGACAGGAAACAUUCCGAGUUAUCUGAACUGAAUGUGAAGGUUCUGGAAGCUUUGGAGCUCUAUAACAAAUUGAUGAAUGAGAGCCCCAUGUACUCAGCCUACUCCAAAUUGCAGCAUCCUGCACAAUUCCCACCCACCUCUUCUGGUGUCUCUGUGCAGUCCUAUCCCGUGCAGGCUCCCAGUGGGAAUUUCAUGCUCCAGGGAGUGUCCAUGGCCCCAGGGUACAGCCUGACCCCGGAGCAGGUGAGAUCUCUGCCUCAAAACAUCAACUCUGCAGCCACUCAGCCACCUCCAGCUGCUUAUUUAAGCCCCGGCCCCGACCCCGCUCUGCCGCAGCCCUUCCCGAGCGUCACCAGUGUCACCUUCCCCCAGCACCAGAUGGGAAUGGCCUCUGUGGACAUGGCAGCCUUCCAGAACAACCCAGGASCAGCUUAUCCCGUGGCACAUCCCGCUCACUCCCUGCUCCAGCAGCAAACAAAUUACCAUCAGCAGCCUCUGCUCUGAAGGAAUCGUCUCCUGAGCUAACGGGGCUUUGUGGAUCCUGCUCGUGGAUAUCAAAAGGACAUUUUCCUUUUCAAAUAACCCAACUCGCUGCGUUAGGGUGAUGCAGAGUAAAAAUAGGCACCAGCUCUGAUGGUUAUUUGCAUAUUUGCAUCCUGAACUAGAUUAAGGGAUGGUUUAAAAUAAUUCCAGAUUCCUCCGAGUCCCUUUUUUUUUUUUUUUUUUUCCUUGCGCUUUCAGGAAACGCCACUUGUGAAUCUCGAAAAGAUUGUCCCAAAAUAAUUCUCUUUUCCAAUGUGUUUCUGGAAACUUGAGAAUGCUGAGAUGCUUUGCCUCCUCUGGUGUUUCCUGUAAUCCUUCUAUCCCAGUGGCUUUAGGGAAUCUCUGCAGUUUGGAGUUGCUGAAGGACGCGGAACCCGAGCAAGAAACAGAGGGGUUUGAUGGUGCUGCCUCUGUAUUUUGGAAAAUUCACAGAACUGCUGCGUUUUUCUUGAAGAAAACAAGUUUUCCUAGAAUUGCUUGGUGUCUUGGCAGAGGUGGCACCAGGCUCCUCCUUGGAAGAGCGGGCACGAGAUGCUGCCAGCUGCCUGUGUGGGCACUCGGUGGAUCAGGGUGCUGAGCCAGGAACUUGCACUGAAUCUCUUCCCAGUUUUCCUUCCUGGAUGGAUGUAGAAGUGAAGGAGGAUUGUAACUAACUCCUGGUGGGAAAGGAGGGGGAUGGAGAAUGUUUGAAGCUGCUGAAGCCUGAGGAUCUGCCCUGUUCCCUUUCCAGGGGAUGCUGAGUGGAACAGGAAUUGUCUCCAUGGGACCAGGGGGUUCUGCCUCRCUGGGAUUUCCUUUCUCUGCCCCUCUGUCCGUGUCUGAACAAGCACUGACUGCAGAGAAAGGGGRAUUUUGGGCACAUUCCACGUGCUGGGGGUGGGAUUGGGCUCCUCACACAUGGAAAAGCACAGCCACAUCCCCUCAGAGCUGGGGAUGGGUGGCCGAGAAAAGAAAUCCAAGAAUUUCUUCCCUGAUGCACUUUUGAAAAGGGUGGGGUUUAUCUGGGGGAGCAGAUGAGCUGGAUUAUCCUUUGGGAAUGUGGGAUUGCUUUCUUGUCUUGUUUCAACUGCUGAAACAAAAACCACUUCAUCCUCCUAUUUACCCACUCACUGGAGCGUGGUCAUAUUUAUCCUGCUUUUAACAACCUCUGGUGAGUGAUAAUCCUUGGUUUGGGAAAGGAUGGAAGCCAGGCACUGAUAAAAACRUCUCAAUUAAAAGCAGGAAGCUCCCAGAUGUCUAAAUAAACAUUUUUGGUGCAUAAAUUUCAUCCCAAAUUGGAACUCCCGGGCUGCUGAGUGACAGAACCCACCCUUCACUCAGCACCUCCUCCAUUUGUUUUCCAUUUUAUUUAAUUAUUUGCUCUCUUGACAUUUUAUUCCUUUGCAGCUAUGCAAAAAGUCUUCAGCACCUGCUCUUUGAAUCACUUUUUAUUGAAAUGUGUGCACUUGGAAGGAGGAUUUUGUCUUUCCUUUAAUUUGUCCUGAUCCUUCUCCUGGAGGUAUCUCAGUACUGAUAACUCACGUGGCAAUACUGAAGUAUUUUCCUAACUUGUUCCUUAUUUGAGGAAAUUGAUUGAUUUCAAUGCUGCUGUUCCAAAUUCUCACCGUUUGGAGCUUUUUAUUUGUUGGGAUUUACUUUGUUCCAAGUCRCUUUGUGGUCAAACUAAACCUAGAAAUGCUCCGUGUUUGGUAGGAAAUUSAGAUUGGUGUUUUUUUUAUUGGCUUCUGAGCUUUGGGCCAAGAGAAAACUUCCAUUGAGCCAGCCAGAUGUGAUCUGAUGAUGUUCAUUGUUAAGUAUAAAUAAUGUACAUACUCAUUUGUCUGAGAUUUUCUACACAGCUCCACACAUGCCUGAACUUUUAUAAAAGCAGGAUUUGUCCUUCUGUCGCCUCUUCUCUUCCUAACUCCGUGAUAUGCAACUUGUAGAUAGUGUAAAAUAAUUUAAUUAUUAUUAAACCGGUGUAUUUGGAGGGGGUUGGUGUUUCUCUUCAUACUUCUACACAUGAUCAUAUUUAUUUUUAAGGCCUGAUUGUAACUGAAYAUGCUGCCAAAGGAUUUCUCUGACUCCAGAUUUCUACCUUAGGUUUCUACCUGCUGUUUUCUAUCGGGAAUUCAGGGUGGAGAACUCCUGCUUUUUCAUAAAACUCCUUAACAUAGGAACCCAGGCCACUUUCUGAUGAGACUUUUCCUGGUGAUAUGUUUGUUUUUUGGGUGUUAAAUCUCAAUAACAGAUCCAUUUCCUUUGGUGUGAGCUGGGGACCUGUCGUGUCUGUUCAAUUUGUCACCUCCCAGGGAUUGCUCUGAGGGGUUGUGCUCUGUCACCUGAUGUCACCCACGCUUUGUCUCUGGACCUGGCUCCAGAAAUWAUGGUAAAAAUCAGAUUGUUGAAACCUUCUGAGUGCUGGUGUUGUGUGUUUAUUGUGUUGGGUUUGGGGGAUGUCCCUGAUCAUGCAGGACUCUGUC